AUGCAGCACUCCGCCUCCACCCAGCCCUUCGACCCUUUCUUUGAUAUCAACACUCCCAAUCGCAGCGUCUCUUCCUCCAUUUGGGCUCCCCAGCCCCAGCCCUCCGACACCGCCUGGUCAAAAGCCAUCGACUCUUUUACUCGUGUCAAUACAAAUGGCAUCACGACCCGACCCGACGCUCGCCGCGCCACCUCCUUCCCCAACCCUACCAAUGGGGAGGACAUCUUCGGUCCCGUUGAUCAGAACGGCCACCGUAAGAAUGUUGGCGCCAUUGGCGACGGCCGCAAGAGAGGUUCGCCGACCUUCGCCGAAGUCCACGUCGAACAACUCCUUCGCACGCUCAACCUCAAUUCUCCUGCCCCUCAGCAUCCCCUUCCUGGAGAUUCACAAUCGCUGCAAACAUCUCCGGACCUCUCACCCAUAUCGACCUCGUCUGCUCUUCUAACACCCACCGACCAAUCCCCUGCCAAAAGUUUUGAUCCCAAGUUCGGCCAGAAUUUUGGACUUGGUAUCAUACAUGGUCAACAGACAGAUCGUCUUUUCGAAACUGGGUUUCCGACUCGUCUUAACGACAUCACUGUCGCGUCUCAAAUUCUGCCGCGCGCUACCUACCUUUCUUCUCAGUCCCUUUCUUCAGCGCAAAGCGAUCAGUGCCCUAUUCCAUUCUUUGACCCUGUCUUGGAGACUUCUGCUUCGCAGAGAGGGCAGACGUACUUUUCACAGACUGCGCAACGCCGCACGGAAGCUUUACCGGUAGCGCACCAGUCGUGGUCUCAUCAACGCCUGCGUGCCACCUCUGACUGGCUACAACAGGAGGAAAGACCAGUCAUCGACCAGUUUUCGGCGAGUCUUAUGAAUGAACCUCUCUUGCGUUCUGGGCAAGCAAGCCGCUCGGCGUCACAGGGAAACGGACAAUCGCACUCUCACGAGCCCAUUAACUUUCUAUCUUUGUUGCACCCAUCUUCGACUCCGCCAUAUCCUCUGUUCGUGUCGCGGAUUAUCAAAUCUUCUGAUCAGCAGGCGUCGAUUUUCCUACAGCAGAAGCUCAAAGUCGCCGACAGUGCGGAGCGCGUCAAGAUUGUUGAUGCUAUAUGCGCAAAGGGUUUCGAAAUGAUGGCUCACAGGUUCGGAAAUUGGGCUGUUCAGAGGUGCCUCGAGGCAACCGCGAGCCCAGAAGAAAGACGUAAGAUAGUCACUUGCAUGAGAGGGCGCGUCGUCGAACUCGCGACAAAUUGCUAUGGUUGCCAUGUCCUCCAGAAGGCACUCGACUGCGAAGAGGAUAUACGGCUCUUGAUUGUCUCAGAACUUCUCAUUGGUGAUCCCGCACAGACUCUCAUCAACAAACAUGCUUCCCAUGUCUGGAGCAAGAUUAUGGAGCUGUCUUGGACAGCUCCUGCGCCGCCCAUUUUCGCCUAUGUCAACAAGUCGCUGAAGGGAAAAUGGGCGUCCCUUGCUUGCCACGAGACCGGUUCACUCGUCGUGCAGCAUGCCUUUGAGAAUUUGGAGGAGUCGGCCAAGGAUGGCAUAGUCGACGAGCUACUCAAUCAAGGCUCGGCUGUAUUCAGUGAGGUUACUAAGAACCAAUGGGGGUCGUACUGUAUCCAGCACAUCCUUGAACACGGAUCGCACAAGCAUCAAAAUAUGGCCCUCGAGCAUCUCCUUGCAGGGCUGCUCGAGUAUGCAACAAACGAGCAAGGCGUAAAAUCAGUGACCAAGGCUCUAAAGGAGGGCGGCGACGACACGUUGGACAGGGUCAUUAAGCGAAUGUGCGAACCAGCAAAGGGGGCCAUGAUCGUCGACCUUGCCUUGUCCGUUACGGGUAGCCAGUUGAUCGCAAGCGUUCUACCGACCGCGGACAAAGAUCAACGUGCACUCCUGUAUGAUUCCAUCCGUGGCCAUAUUGUGACCCUACGCGGUUGCAAGACAGGUUCCAAAGUGAUCUGGCUCUUUGAUAGGAUGCGUGCUUACUACGGCUACUGA